UUUGAGUCGUGUGGGUGUGGUGCUCCUCUUCCUCCAGUAUGUGUCAGAACUGGGCUUCCACAUCGCCAGACUCCUGUAUUUCACAGAUGAGAGCCAUCAGAAAAUGUUCGAUGUCUGGGCGGCGAGCUUCGUGUUCACGCGCAUGGCCACGCUCACCCUGAUGUUCCUCGCCGUGGGCUUCGGUUUGGCUCGUGCCGAGAACCAGAGGCUGGACUUGGAGAUGGGCAACUUCAACACGGUUCUGAUCCGGAUGACKGUGUUACUCCUGGUGUGCUUGACUCAGUCUUGGCUUCUGUGGAAGUUCAUCCGCUUCCAGCUGAGGCGCUGGAGGGAGUUCAGACACGAACAGGCCGUCCGCAAGAAGGCCAACGCAAAGCAAGCCCUGCGGCCACUAAAGAGAGACUCACUUGGUCACUAUGAAAACGGCCUCCUUAAAGCUGAGAAUGGAGUCUCUGCUCGAACAAAGAAGCUGAAAUCCCCCUAAGACGACGCUAACGGACCUCCGCUGUGGCUUUAGCCUCGGUAUCGGUGAAGCCGGCGACCGCUGGCCGCCGAGCUUUAACCUGGAACGUCCCGUUACGUCACCGGGACUCUGUCGCUACGGACUUGAGCUUGAAUGCUGGAAAUCUAAGGAAAUACUCUGAGCCCAACGAACAUUUACUCCUCUCACUGUAUCAGUAUUUUUUACUUUUGUUUUUUUGUACAUCCACGUAGCCUGCAAGUGCAUCAUUAGGGCGCAUGUUUGCAUGCAGAGAAAUGAAAAGCAAGCACAGUGUGUUUACGUAUUUGUCCAUGUUGAAUGUUCAUAUUCUCGAACAGACCGCCGGGCCGGACGGGGUAUAACAAACUUAGUAGCAAGAGUUAUACGUUUCCCUGGUCACAUAACAGAUUUGCAUCAAAUAUGUUGGAUAUUACCGCAUGCCAUUCCAUGUCAGUUUAUUUUUUUUUCCUUUUGUUAAUGACUUUAUUAAAUAAUACAACUUUCCGAAAAGUUGUGGAAUUA